AUGAGCACCAUUAGACCAGGCUCACCUCGCUAUACGCCAAAUUUGAGUGCCCCACCGGCCCGAUCCUUAGCCUCGAUAGCUUCCAAUGCUAGAGGAACCAACUCAAGGCCACAAGAACCAGGAAAUGCAUCCAACUCCAACCUGUAUGAACACAAGGAUGAAGUUGUUAACAAGGAGAUCCUCUACUGGCAGCGCAAGCUAGGAAUCAACCAAACAAGAAUUAUCCUCAGAGACGCACCAAACCCAGCAACCCUCACAGACCCACAAGAGGAAUCACCAAACCCAACAACCCACACCGACCCACAAGAAGACUCACCGCUCCAACCCACAAGCCAAACACUGCAGCGCACAAAUCACAGACCCACAAACAUCCCUGAACCCACCCCCGUUAAAAACCCAUUACCAAAUCCAGUCACAAGAUUCCCCACCAACCUCACCUGUCUCACCAACACUGAACAAACCUCUAACAUACCACAAACAGCUCCCAUUCCCAACCCAUCGUUAACCAUAACCACAAAAAAAACCCCUGACAUUCCACAAACAACUCCCACACCCAACCCAUCGUUAACCAUAACCACAAAAUUCCCCUUUCAUCCUCCACAACAAACCACCACUACCGGAACAACUUCUCCAACCGAUACCCCGAAUCAUCUCAUAUACACACAACAUGCCCCCCAGCCCACUGUCCACCACCUUAAACACCCUCCACACAACAAUGCCCCACUUACCAUCCCUAUUAUUGAAGAAUUACAAACGGCCAGGGAACCCAUCCCCAACCCCCUCCCCAAUCCAGUCACAAAAUUUCCAGACUCAUACCCUAAACUACCAGCACCCAAACCCAAAACAAAUACCUUUUACAAGACCCAUACACAACCCUGCUUAGGGGAAUCCUCCUCCCCAACACAAAAACAUCCUAACUCACUCAAUCCUCAGCAACCCACUAACGACCAAUACCCCCAACCUUCCCUCACAAAAUUCGACCUGAAAGAAAGAGCCUCUCGUCCCGGACUUGGCCCAGCCAGGAUUGAAGACCUGGGAUUACACAGGGAAUUCAUUGGCUUGAAAAAUCCUGUCAUCAGUACAGAUAUGCCUAGCCCCCCACACAUCAAUACCCUUGCAAUUACUGCACAAGAAGCAGCUGUGGUGAAGGAAAGAAUACUAAGGGAAACUAGAAAAAUUACCCACAAACCAAACCAGCUCGGAGAAGCACCCCCAAUCGUCGCUCAAAACUCAUCCCAACCAGCAUCACAGGCCUACUAUGUAGAACUCCCUCCUGACGAUGAUGAUGAGAAAAACGAACUGCAACUGUGCAAGGUCCCCAAUAAGUGUGAAUCCCUUUUAGCUUCAGGCUUUGCUACAGGAGUCUCUCUGAAAAGAAGCUAUGACAACCUGGAAGAUAAAGAGGAAUUUCUUAUCAAAAGGAGAAAACAACAACAGCUACAAUACCAAUAUACCACUUCACAAAAUACUACUGCUACCAUGGCUGAGGAGGCAGGCCUACCCAUGCCCCUACCUCGCCAUGAGUAUACUCUGUUGGAACUGUCGCGGCAUGGCAGCUGCCGCGACAGUUAA